AUGGGGGUGGCGGUGGUCAGUCACGUCAGGGCCCUCCCACAGGCCUCCUCCAAGUCAGUGGGCCUGCAGGGAGACAGCUCCUUGCAGGUGGAGAUCUCUGAUGCCGUCAGCGAGGAGCGGGACAAGGUGAAAUUCACUGUUCAGACCAAGGUAACAUUGCACCGGGACUUCCGGAGCUGCCUGCCUCACUUCGCCCAGACUGAGUUCUCCGUCGUGCGACAGCAUGAGGAAUUCAUCUGGCUGCACGGUGCCUACGAGGGAGGUGUAUGCCGGCCUCCCCGUGAGGGGGAGCCAGCCUGGGAGAACAGGGGGUAUGCCGGUCUCCCCCUGAAUCCCCCAGCCCCUCCACGGUCAGACUUUGAGGCUUCAAAGGAAAAACUGCAGAAGCUGGAUGAGGAAGACCGCUCAAUCACGCGGCAAGAGUUUGCCAAAAUGAAGCAGGAGCUUGAAGCGUGACUGCCUGCUGUCCUCUGUGGGGAAUACCUGGCUAUCUUCAAGAAGACAGUUACGAUCCAUGAAGUCUCUCUGCAGCAACUGGCAGCUCACCCCACCUUGUGUCGAGACCACAACUUCUUUGUCUUUUUGGAAUAUAGCCAGGAUCUGACUGUCCGAGGAAAGAACAGGAAGGAGCACCUUGGGUUUCUGAGGAAUAUCAUGAAGUCUGCAGAUGAAGCCCUCAUCACUGGGAUGUCAGGGCUCAAGGAGGUGGAUGACUUCUUUGAGUGUGAGAGGGCCUUCCUGCUGGAGUACCACACCUGCAUCCAGGACGCCUGUCUGUGGGCAGACCAAGUCAUGCACUCAUGAGUACACCCAUGCCUGGCAGAUGAUUACAUGCCUAUCUCAGCUGCACUGAGCAGUCUGGGAUCACAGGAAGUCAACCAGCUAAACACGAGCUUCUUCAAAUUGGCAGAGCUCUUUGAACGGUUAAGGGAGCUGGAGGGCCAAGUGGCCUCUAACGAGGACCUGAAGCUGUCAGACAUGCUGAGAUACUACAUGCGAGACUCCCAGGCAGCCAAGGAUCCUGUGCCCUUGCCGGCCCCAGGACUGCUGUCCUGGCAGCUGCUGGCUCUGGCAGACUACAAGAAUGCCAACAAGGCGCUGGACAGGGCCCGCACCAUCAACCAGGUGUGGGCUACAGAGAGCCAUCAACCCUGUGCCUCUCGGACUCAGCCAGGCAGGCUAAGGUCGUCAUUGCUCUCCUCUCCAGAGCUCAUGGACUUCAAAUCCCAUGGAUCUUCCUUCCAUGAGAACCUCACUGAGCUGGGCGAGCUGGAGCUCAAAGACGCCAAAGCCAGCACCCUGCUUCUCCGGAGCACCCUUGUCAUCCUCAAGGGGGAGCCUUAGAGCUACCAAAAGCCCCCAGAUCUCCCACUCCAGACAGGCUGCCUUCCAGCCCUAGGAGCCACUUACUAUGCCCCUUCUCAGGGCAAGCCCCACCCCUGCCCCAAGGUGCCAGGCCCUGCCAAAGGGAG